GCGGCGGCGCCCAUGGAGCCGCGGCUGGUGGGGCCCGGGCCGUACCGCGCCACCCGCCUGUGGAACGAGAUAAUCGAGCUCUUCCGUGCUGGGAUGCCCGUGCGGAAGCAUCGCUGUCGUUUCAAGAGCUACGAGCGAUGCUUCAAGGCCUCGGAGGCAGUGGAAUGUUUGCAUGAGCUACUUGGCUCUAACCAAAACUUCGGCCCAGAAGUGACACGCGAUCAAACGGUUAAGCUGCUCAAAAAAUUCCUUAAAAAUCAUGUAAUCGAAGAUAUUAAAGGAAGGUGGGGCAAAGAGGACUUUGAAGACAAUGGCCAUUUAUAUCGAUUUCCUCCUUCCUCACCACUGAAGUCAUAUCCAAAGAAACCUUCAUGUGGAAAGGAAGUAAUUAAAUUUCCAGACUGGAGUGAACCAAGGGCUGGCCCUUCUCAAGAACACAUUCCAGUGAAAUCCGUCGCAAUGAACUCUGAGAUGUGGUACAAGCGACACAGCAUAGCUAUCGGGGAAGUACCGGCAUGCAAACUUGUGUUCCGCAGAGAGCUAACACAAACAAAUAUAGAAGAGAUAUGGAAAUCCAUGACUUUAUCACGAUUACAAAAGGUGUUGGGUUUGGAUUCUCUGGAUGAAGUGUUAGACACAAAACUUGUGAAUUCGAAACAUAUAGUUCAAAAUGUAUAUAAUGUCAAUAAGCAAGGCAUUGUCACUUUAGAGGACAAAUCAAAGGAACUACCUCAUUGGAUAUUAUCUGCAAUGAAAUGUCUAGUAAAUUGGCCCAGCUGUUCAGAUCUGAAGCAGCCUACAUACUCAGGCUUUGAAAGAGAUGUCUUCAAAACUAUAGUGGACUACUUUGGCCAGAUGAAGGAACCUCUUCUCACAUAUAAUUUUUUUGAUAUUUUUGUUAGUGUGUUAGGACUGCUGCAAAAACCCAAAAAACCUGGCAAGGCUGUAGAAGCUCUUCAGAUAUCUUGUCUCCUGCUGCCACCAGAAAAUAGGAAAAGACUACAGCUGUUGGUGAGAAUGAUGGCAAGAAUUAGUCUAAACCAGGAUUUGCCACGUCUUUCUGAAUCAGUGAGGACCAGAACUUUGAUGGUUCAGGCGUUUUCCCGUUGUAUUCUCUGCUCAAAGGAUGAAAUAGACUUGGAUGAACUUCUUGCUGCUAAACUAGUAUCUUUUCUCAUGGAUAAUUAUCAAGAGAUCUUAAGUGUUCCUUCUGCUUUAAAAUCUUCCAUUGAGGAUCAUGUUGCACAUCUCCAGAGAGUCCAAAUAAAAUAUGCUGGGGCUGAUAGUGAUGCAACACUUCCUCCUCCAUCAUUUUGUCACCAAAUCACUACAGGUGAAUUUGAAUACCAAAGGGCAACUGGCUCUCAAGAACCACUGGCAGCUUUGUUGGAAGAAAUUGUAAUGAAUAAAGAAAUAUCUGUGAAAGAUAAAAAGAAGAAGCUCAAGCAAUUUCAGAAAUCUUACCCUGAAGUGUACAGAGUACGAUUUCCUAGUCCUGAAACCGAAGCGAUGCUAUUUCCUGAAAAAACUAAACAGAAACCACCAAUACUGAUGUGGGCCUUAAAAAAGCCUUUUCAACCAUUUCACAGAACCAGAAGCUUUCGGAUGUAAAUGGUUUGAAAUAUAUCCGCAAACAAACAGAGACACAGUGUACUGUCAAUGGAUCUCAUGCAAAAGGAGCCUGAGCACCACGUGGUUACUCAAAAAAGCUACUGGGGAUACUGCUAAGAUCAUAGAAAAUGUUUAAAGAAGAGGAGAGUAUUGAGGUUGUAGUAAUGUGAACCGUUAUCAGUAUUUUUGUAAAGCAUUAUUUUUUAAAAUGUCUGUUACUUUAAAACAAGCAACAAAAAACUAACAAAAAAACCUAAACAAACAAACCCACCACACACUCAAGGGGAUUAUUCUAUAUAUGGGUGAUAAUGUACACCUGCUGUGGUUUGGUUUGACUAUCAUUUUAAGGCCUAAAUGUAAUUGUAUGUAAUGUAUUCUUUGUAACUAGUCAACAGCUUUUUUUCCUCCCUGAAAAUGAGUGUCUUGCAUAAACUAGGCUGUAUUUGUGCACAUAUACUGUGAGGAAUUAACUUACUGUACAUGCUUGAGUAAGUAUGAAACACUGGAUUUUGCUUUGCUUUUGGUGAGAGAAUAACAUUAAAACUUAAUGAUGCAACCAAUCAGCUGUUUGCACCCCUCAGCCACAGAGGAAGGGGAGUUUUUUUGGGUAUGUGUUUAUGCAACUUCUAGGUCUGCCCAGGUGCAGAGAGGAUGAGCACCCAUCACCAGAGGAUGACCAGGACAAACCCACUUUGUGUAGCAGCAAGCUGGGAUUUGAGACAGAUAAGGGAAAACACUUCCAAGAACCAGAUCCUGCAAUGGGGGAUGCUGUUUUUAAUCAUGCCCAUUUCCUCCCUUACACAACUGGCUCAGGUAGAAGAUUCUCUCCCAUCCUGACAGAGAUUCAGGGCCUGAGGGUAUUUAUCCCUUCUGUUAAGGCAGAACUGGCUCAACUAAGCUGGCAUGACAAACACGGGUCUUGUCUUUGGCUCCUGACUUACUUCUCGGGCCCGCCACCAGAGGACUGCACAUGAUCCACAGUGUUACAAGAGACAUUGUAAAACUCCUUCCUGAGGAGAAGUAUCUGGGCAUUCUCACCGGAACCUAUUAAAGCCAUUGGACUUUGGGUUUCAGGGAUUUCCACUGGCCCUGAUGGGUUGAAAAUGUAACUUCAAGCACUGGACAUUAAAUUGCAACAAUCAGGUCUCAUGGGGUGGUGAUGUCUUUCCUCUUCACUAUCUGUUCUUAUACUUUCUUUUUAUUUUCCUUGUAUAUUUUCUCAGGUGUAAUCAUUUUACUUUUAUUUUACUCUAUUUCUAUAGAUAAUAACUAAGUCUGCUACAUACUUCCUUUCCAUUUUAACCAAAUUAUUCCAAAAUCAUCCAUCUAUCUA